AUGAGUGGAAAAGGCUGUCAGCUCCUGGUUUCUCCAUGCAAUGUGUCCCCAUCACUGAGCAUGAUCAGAGGACACCAGUCCCAGUCCAUCAGGAUUCCCAUGUCCCCCCCCCCACGGGCCAAUCUUAGUCCCCCCUCAGGAAUGGAGAAAGUGAAAACUGGGGCCAUUCACUCUCUUGCCUCUGGGAAACACAGCGGAGGCCAUGUUGUUCUGCCAACCCUGAGCCUCCGCAGGCAGGUGUUGACCAAUGGGAAACAUCUAAACAUGCCUACUGCACCCCUACAACAGCAAGUGCCUACUCCUCAUCCUCCAACCACAACAGUGACAACUACCAUUCAGACAGGACUCCGCUCCUCUAACAAUGGCUUCAAAGGUUGCCGUGUGUCUGGGCCCACCAUGGAAGUAUUUGGCCAGCCAGCAGCUGCUAGCCUGACAGUGACCAGUAGUCCCAUGACUGUUGUCACAGGCCAACCAUAUACUGCGGGGCCUGCAGCACCUCAUCCUCCAUCACAUUUACAUAGUGUAACGAUUCCCCACACUGAUGCCAGAUCCUUACUGUCCAGAGAAUCCCUGGCAUCCACUACCCUCAGUCUGUUUGAAACACAGUCAGUGUUUAGUGGAAGACAUGACUGGCCAUAUGGCUACCGUGUGCUUCCUCAAGUGGGACUACCUCAGUGCUCCACCCAGGCCAGUGAGGGAGGUGAGCAGCUCAGCAUUUCACCAACCACAGCCAUGUCUGGCACGACCAUAUCAGGUGGCACGAGUACCUCUGCCUCCCUGCCUUCAUACCUGUUUGCAGGUGAUGCUGGAAGUCCUCGACCAUCUCGUGCUAAGAAGAGAGCUCUCUCCAUGUCGCCUUUGUCAGAUGUCAUGGGUAUCGAUUUCAACUCCAUCAUACGCACCUCGCCUACCUCCCUUGUGGCUUAUAUCAAUGGUUCCCGCAGCUCUCCAGCCUCCCACCCCACACUCUCGCCUGUCCAGUCUGAUGGUUAUGGUCACUUCCUGGGUGUGAGAGGUCGGUGUAUCCCCCAAGUCCAUUCCUACAGCAGGCCAGGCUCUUUGAAGGCUAUGGCCCCACAGACAGAGUACUGCCGAAUGCAGAUGCUUGAAGAGGGAGGGGGUCUGGAGAGCCGGAUGGCUAACAUGGUUGUGGAGCAGCAGUGCCUCCCAGAGGAAGGAGGCGUGCUGGAGAAGACUUCAGAGAGCGGCAGCCAAAUCACCAACAACCUGCUGCCACCUUUACAGUUAGAGCCAGUUCAUGUAGCUGCUACUCCUCAGGGGCCUCCACCACCCUACCACUCCCACCAGCACAUUCACCUCUCCAGACGUCACUGCAAAAUAAAGCCCCCAUCCCAGGACCUUCUCACACAGGCUUCCAUGGUUCCUUCAAGGCAUGGGAUGAGCUUUUUACCCCAGGUCCCAAUGCUGGAGGAAGAGGAAGGAGAGCUGGAGGACUAUGGGGCCCACUGCUGCAGGUGGUUGGACUGCAGUGCAGUCUAUGACCAAAAGGAGGAGCUGGUAAGGCACAUAGAAAAGCUACAUGUGGACCAGCGGAAGGCUGAGGAUUUCACAUGCUACUGGGUGGGCUGUGCACGAAACUUCAAGCCCUUCAAUGCCCGAUACAAGCUUCUUAUCCACAUGAGGGUCCAUUCAGGAGAGAAACCCAACAAGUGCACGUUCGAGGGCUGCAAGAAGGCUUUCUCUCGGCUAGAAAACCUGAAGAUCCACCUGCGGAGCCACACGGGGGAGAAACCCUAUAUGUGUCAGCACCCAGGCUGCCACAAGGCCUUCAGCAACUCAAGUGACAGAGCUAAACACCAGCGCACACACCUGGACACAAAGCCGUAUGCGUGCCAGGUGCCUGGCUGUGCAAAGCGUUACACUGAUCCCAGCUCCUUGAGGAAACACGUGAAGUCUCACUCUACUAAAGAGCGACAGUUACGGAAGAAGAUUAAAUCUACUGCUGAUGUGACCCAGGACACACUGACAGACUGUUUAACCAUCCACCCUCUACAACCAAGCCUUUCUCCUCUGGCAAGGAUAGACAACGACUUGAACCCAUCCCCUGGUGCAUCCUACGAGUCAUACUCUGCUGCUCCACAGGGACAAGACUCCUCCAGCAAUCCUCACCUGGCCCUGUUGUGCUCCUUACAAGAUAAUUACAGGUUUGUUGAUCCUUCCCCUCACCAGCUCUUCCCCGGGGACCAGUGUGGGCCUUGCCUUUCCCCCUGCCUCCCGCAUCCUCCCAAUGGGACAUCCCUGCAGAACAACCAAGAUCUGAAGCAGCCAGGCCAUACUCCUGAUCUAGCAGAUCACAAUCCAGAGCUCUCAGGGCAGAUGAAGAUGCUAUAUUCUUCUCCACAAUAUGGUGGGAUCACAGCACAGAGCAGUUCGAGUCACCUGAUGCAAGUUGAUGGCUUUGGUGACAGCCUCGCUCCAACAGUCAAUAUUCCCAAUGGGGUGGCCACCUCACAAACAGCUCUCUCCUGCAUUACAGCAGGGUUAAAUGUCCACAGCCAAGCACACGAUCUGGCUCCUAAUCAAGAAUUACAUGGAGGAGAUUUCUUCACUGUGGUGGACCACUGCACAAGCCAGGUGUCCUGCAUCUAUACAGAAGGCUAACAUUACUUAAUUGUGGGUUUUUCUUUCGCCUUUGCACUAUUUUGUGUCCCUGUUCCAUUUAAGUCAAAUGGUCAAUAGGAAGAACACUUUAGAUAGCACUGCAACCUGGCGGCAGCUGUAUUUAGCAGAAUAAAAGAAUAUUUGAUGAUAAAACGAUCUAAGAUGCUGCUCCCUGCUUCCUCGCUGGAGGAAUUGACUUUUACAUUCUACAUGCAAGAUUCUCUCUCUCUCCCUUUCUCUCUCCAACUAAAUCUCUGUAAAUGUACUAUCUGACUCAACACUCUGGCUUCUGCCUUCAUAAUCAGUGUAUAGUAGCCUAAUGACUGAGCCUACAGGAUUUUAAUGUUUACUUCCUCUGUUUUUAUACAGCUUGUGUAUAAUAUUUAGUAAGUACUUAAAGUAGUUUCUGGUGACGUUUUGCACAAUAUUCAACACUGCAAUCAAAGCAAGGUAUGCAAGGGAUCAUUUAUUAAGGUUUUUCUUAGAACCAGGGCUUUGUAACUAUAGUAACAAGACAGCCUUACCAUUUCACUGUAAUGUUCAUAGGUAUAACCUGUUGUUUGAGUAUAGUAAUGUGCUAUGAGUGCUCCUGCGCCUGGAUCAUGAGGUGGAUUCGUGUUGGGGACCACACCAGUGAUUUUGCAUGUUUAAGUUUAUUUACUGAAAAACUACAUACACUUCACAUUACAGUUUACCCUUUCUGAAAGCAGCAUAUUGCUGUACAUUUUUUAACCUGUUUUCCUAAAGCCAGUAAUUUCAGUUAUUCAGUUCUUCAGUUAUUUCCAUAUGGUAUGAAAAUGAACUUAUGGAGACUGCAACACUUGCUUGAAAUAGGGAAACUGUCAUGGUGAUUAUAGCAGAUUUUAUAUCUGCAUAUUUUUUAUUUGUUGUAUUUUAAUGCAGUGCAGACUUUUCCACCCAGUUUGUACUUGCAGCUGCAUUAUUAUGCAACCAUAAUACAACUAUAAGAAAAAAAAAAAAAAA